GGCGCUCUGUAUUAUUCACUGUUUUUGACUAAACCGCGCUCGGAGGUGAGAUGUAAAGGUUUGUAAGGUUUCGGAUUUGCACCGGAACUCAAGCGACGCUUUCUGAGAUGUGACUGUGGCCCUGAGGCGGAGUUAAACUGCGUGUUUUCCUCAGCGCUCAGGGUUUGGUGUUUUUUCCCGGCCGACGGAGCGGAGUGUAGGCCUGACCGCUCGCGCGCUAGCACAGUUAGCUCACAGCGCUCGCGCAUCAUGUCACAGGUCUGGAUUUUAAUAGUUUAAGAUUAGAAACCUGACCGGAAGUGAAGUUAAAUAAAAAGUAAUAGCAUGGAUCCAGACAGCGGGGCGGACACCCAGCGAACUCUCAGCCUGCAAUGGAAGAGCUACAAACUCCUCCAGGACCCGGCCAUCCGCAGGGUUGCUCAGAAAAUUUACAGAUACGAUGGGAUUCACUUCAGCGUCCCGGACUCAGGGUUUCCUCCUGUGGGGGAGUUACGUGACCCCCGACCUCGGCGAAUCUGGUCCAGACACACGGAGAUGACACUUCCUCUGCCCAAAUUUAAGCUGGACGAGUACUACGUGGGUCCCAUCCCGCUCAAAGAAGUGACGUUUGCUCGCCUGAACGACAACAUCAAAGAGCCCUUCCUGUUAGAGAUGUGCAAUAAAUUUGGUGAGGUGGAGGAAAUGGAGAUUCUGUUCCACCCCAAGACACGGAAGCACUUGGGUUUGGCGCGCGUCCUCUUCACCAGCACCAGAGGGGCCAAAGACACGGUCAAGCACCUGCACAACACCUCAGUCAUGGGCAACAUCGUCCACGCACAACUCGACAUCAAAGGUCAGCAGAGGAUGAAGUACUACGACCUGAUCGUUAGUGGGUCGUACACACCUCAGACUGUACCCACAGGAGGAAAAGCCCUGAGCGAGAAGUUUCAGCCCCCUGCUCCAGCGCAGCCCGACACUUCGUCUGAUAUCAGGCGGAAGCUCUCUACCGAUCAGAUGCCUGUCCCUCCUCUUGGCAGCACCACUCCAUGCUCUGUGGACACCGGAUUUCCAGAGCAGCGCCUGGACACACCGCCACCCGCCCUCGGUGGGACGUACACCCCCGGCUCCUCGUGUUCUUCGCAGGGUGGUGGAACCCCGUACACCUCACGCUCUGGAACACCCUUUUCCCAGGAUUCAGGAUACUCUGGGGGCAGGCACGGAGCGUAUGGCAGCGGUUUCCCCGCGCAGGACAUGAUCCCAUCAUCUUCUUGCUCUUCGUCUGCCGUUUCGUCCUCGUCCGGGUUCAAGCCUCGCUAUUACGACGAGCCUCACGGAGUUCCUCCACAAGAUCCCACAGCGUACCAGCGGGGUCGGCCCGGGUUUCCUCCUCCACCUCCUGUCCCCUGUUACCCCCCGUAUCACAACGCCGGUGCUGCUGGCACGCACAUGCCCCCUCACCCUCACAUGCCCCCCUCGGGUUCCCUGUAUGAGUCUCCGCCUGUGGCAGAACGAGAGCGGGACAGGGAGCGGGACCGAGACCGGGGGCAGAGAGACAGAGACAGGGAGCGAGAUAGAGACUCUGGGGCGCGCUACGGAGCGUCUCGACGUUCCUCUUAUCACCACCAACAGGACGCGAACUCCUCGUCCAAGUCGUCCUAUCAUUCGCACCACUCGCACCGGGAGGAGCGGGACAGCAGGUCGUAUCGAAGAGACAACUCGGCCUCGAGGGAGCAUGGAAGGCAUCGAAACCACCACCACUCACACAACCACCACGGGCGGAGGAGGGACAGCAGGGACCGGGAGGGGGGGGAUUACCCAAACAGCUCCGACCCACGAUACAGAGGACACACCAACUCCAGCCAUCGCUCCUCCAACAGCAUGUCUCCUCCGCCCGCCUCAUACGGAGCAUACAAUCCGGCUAAAGAGCUGCCGACUCAUGACGCUCCGUCUUCGUCCCGUCUGGAGCCGUCUCCCCCCUUCAGGUCAGGAGACAGGGCAAGCGCAAGUAGCGAUAACGAUUAUCGAUCCCACCAUGCACCGCUACACCCCCCGCCUCCACCUCCACCGCCUCCUCUUCCUCCUGCCUCCGUCAUCGCGGCGGCGGUGGCUGAAACUCUGAGCUCGCUAGACUUCGGGCAGGAGAGUCCAGUCCGGGAGGAGCAAUGGAGUAAACCCAAACGACGUCCCAGCACCCCACCUCAGCCUCCGCGCACCCCUCCACCCUCUUCCCCGCCCCAUGCCUCUGUUCCUUCCUCAUCCACAUCACCAUCCUCCACCUCUUUGCCUCACCACCACCCCUCCUCUACGGCGUCCCUCUCCCCGCCAGACGCGUUGCGAGACUCCUCCUCCCCGGAGCCGGACUCCACCAAUGAGAGCCUUCCGUUUGUUCACCACUGCAGCAGUUUGGACUCACGAAUUGAGAUGCUGUUAAAGGAGCAGAAAUCCAAAUUCUCCUUCCUCGCCUCCGACGACGAGGAUGAAGAAAAGAAAGACGAAGGAGCACAAGGAGGCUCAAGAAAGCCGAGGGAAGAGGGUGGAGACAGGGAGAUGGACGGAGGACAGCAGAGGAGAAUAGACAGGAGGAGCAGGGUGAGAAAACAGACGGCGCCACCAGGGGCAGGAGAAGCUAGGAAAAGUCCCACAGAUAUGACCUCCUUCGCCGCCUCCGUAUCACUGUCAGAGACGGUGCAGGUUCAGCAGGUCCUUGUGCACGAGGAACACCUGGCGUCUGACACGCAGAAGGUUACCGGUGCGCACACACCUCCCACCUACAACGGAGAACAACCGCCGUCCCCUCAUUCCUCUGGAGAAGACAUGGAGAUCUCUGACGAAGAUGAUGGUGGCGGUGGUGGCAUCGCCACAGUAACGCAGCACCACGCCUCGUCAUCAUCCUCCCCUGCCCCGUCAUCUCAGUCGGCCCUGCCCUCUCAGGGCGCAGAACCGUCGUCGGGAUCGCCCCCGGACAGCACGCAGCACUUCGGCGCCUCCAUGGCGCUCCCUCACAUGCCCUCCUACCCUCCGCACCUCCCGCCUCCUCCCCCACCUGGCUUCUCUCUCCAGCCCCCACCUCCUCCCCCGGGCGUGCCCCCUCCCAUGCCACAUAUGGAGCUCCACCCGGAGUACCCCAUGGCACCUCACUUGUACGACUACGCCAACUCCGUGGAGCUGAUGAGCCAGUACGCAGGCACGUCCUUUCAGAUGCAGGCGCACAUGCUCAGCCGUCUGCACCAGCUGCGGGAAAAGCACACACCUGGUUCGGAGUACCCGCCCUCUUACCACCUUCACUCUCUGCCCCCUCCCCCACACGCGCCGCACCCCCACCACUCCUACAUGGACCAAGACGGAGCUGCAGGGAACCACUACGACCAGGACCACCGCUACAUGCCUCCUCACCUGCCCGCGUACUCGUACCCGGACCCUCAUGCCUCUCAGCUGCCCCCUCACCAUCCCCAUGCCAUGCCGCCGCCCACCCACUCCCCGUGGCCGCCUCAUGUCAUACCCCAGCACUACCCCUCCCAUUACCCGCCCCCGACAUACGGCGCCGUGCCAGGCGUAGACGGCGAACAGUACCCCAUGCCCAUGAUGGUUCAGAACCCUCACGAGGCCACGGUCCAGUUGGUUCUCUCUGCUCUCAUAGACGAGAUGAAGAACAUCAUGCAGAGGGACCUAAACCGAAAGAUGGUGGAGAACGUUGCCUUCGGAACCUUCGACGAGUGGUGGGAGCGUAAAGAGAGGAAGGCCAAGCCGUUCCAGACGGCGAUGAGGGCUGUGUCGGUGGUACGUGACGAGGAGAAGAAGGAGAAGACAACAACGACGACAACGAGCAGCCGGCCACGCGAACCCUUGAUGUCUCUGGUGGACUGGGCCAAGAGCGGAGGCAUGGAAGGGUUCUCUCUGCGCGGGGCGCUGCGUCUGCCUUCGUUCAAGGUGAAAAGGAAAGAGCCUCAGGAGCUGGAAGAAGACGAGUCACUGAAGCGAGUCAGACCCUCAACUCCACCAGACGAGGAGGAUGAAGACUUGUAUCAGGGUAAAGUGUCGGACAGCACGAGCCGACCUGAGGUGACCCGAGCGGCUGAGAGAGACGCAGGACAGAGGAGGAAAAGACCCAAACGACGUAAACCUUACGACCUGGACAGUGAAGGAGAGGAGACGUCUGAUGAGUCGUCUUCAGAAAAGGAGGAGGAUGAAGAUGAUAGCGAAAAGGACGAGUCUGAGGACGAAGCCCUCAGUGCGGACAGCGAUGACGAAAGCCUGUCAUCUUCAUCCGACAGCUUGUCUUCAUCCUCUUCCUCCUCGUCCUCAUCUUCGUCUUCAGAUGAGGAGGACGAGGAGGAGCUGGAGCCGGCGGACGAGAGCGAGGCCCUGGACACGAUGGACGAAUCAACGAUGGACAGCGUCGCCACAGAGAAGGAGAAGGAGAAGGCGAGUGUCGGGGAGACGCCUGCUGCGGCUGUUGCUAUGGAGGGUGAUGCUGAGGUCAAAACAGAAAUUAAGACGGCCCCUGCUUCAUCUGGGGAUCACCGGCCGCCGUCUCCUUCUUGUCCUCGUCCGUCUUCUCCCAUCCUGCCUCCUCUGAAGAAGCGCCGCAAGACCGUGUCCUUCUCCAUGGAGGAGAGCGAAACCAAACCCUCCGUCCACGUCCCUGCUGCACCCCUCUCCCCCUCCUCCACCUCCUCCACCGCUUCUCCAUCUCUCCUCCUCUCUCCUGUUAAAUCUCUCCCACCGGAUCAGCUCAUUUCAUCAUCACCCACCACGGCCGCCCUAACCCCGUCUGCCAAACCUGCCCCGAUGCUCCGCCCUUUUGCUUCGCGCCCAACCAAGGCCACACCCCCGUCAGCCUCGCCCACCUUGGUCCUCACGGUUCCUCCUCCUGUGCGCUCGCUGCGUCCGGAGGAACCCAGGAAACGUUCUCCGUCCCCACAGACCACCCCUGUCAAGUCUCCUUCCAGACGUGGCAAAGAAUCCCCGAGAACUCCUCCGACUCCUGUCUGUCUCACAGUCCAGAACCUUCCGCUGGACCAUGCCUCUCUGGUCCGGGUGGCCUACGAAGAGCCCGCGCCCAUCCCAACUACACCCAAUCAGAAAGGGCGUCCACGAGGCAGGCCUCGGACCGUCAGUUCGUCCGCUCCCUCCACGCCCUCGCUGCUGGAGGAGGAUGAGUACGAUGAUGAUGAAGACGAGCUUCUGGAGCAGAGACUGAAGCUUAGGGAGCAGCUCGGAGCGUCCAGUCUGCUGCAGCUAGCCUCUGCGCCCACGCCCGAUCUUUCCGUGCUGGCCCACGUGGCUGCCGAGAUGGACAUGGAUGAUGCCGUCGACUCGGAGGAGACGGAGACAUCAGACGAGGCCGAAGAACACAAACUGGACGUUGAAGACACGCAGACUCUCCUGUUGGACCCGGUUGGAAUGCUCGUCCUCCAAGAGCACAACUACUCCAAAUCCACAGCUCUUCACGUUCCUCCUGUUUCUCCUGCAUUCGCUGCUGGAGACAAGAAGAGGACGAAACCGGACGCCGCCGUGUUGCUGCCCACAGACUUUAAUCAGCACUGCGUCCAGGAGGCUCCGGAGGAGAUCAUCGGGGACGCUCGGGCGGACACGCCAGAGCUCUACGGCAUGGGGCUCAUUGGGGACGAGGCCGGAGAUUCGGCCGAGGCGCGUACCUUCAGUCCCGCUUCCAAACGCAGAGGCUCGUUCAAGAGGGAGGAAUCCGUGGAGAAAGGGAAGAAUAAAAAGAGGACUAAGAAAGAUAAAGAGAACGUGGAGCUUCACCCGCCUAAAAAACAGAAGCAGGAGCACGGCAGGAAGCAGAAGAAGGGGAAGUUAGAGGACUUCGCCAUGGAGGAGGACGUGGACGUGGAGCAGCUGGAGAUGGCUGAUCUGUCCAGCACCACCUCCGACACGGCCGACUCGGACUUUGGCGUGGAAGAGCGCCUCGGGUUCGAACGUGAGGAGGUGAGGAAGAGCGAACGUCUCUUCCUGCAGGAAGCCGGAGUCACACCGUCCACCCAGAGGAAGACCGACCUGUCCCCGCCCACUUUGCCGCCCUAUCUGUACUCGUACAAGCAGCGCAGCGAGUUCGAGCAGAUGACCAUCCUGUACGACAUCUGGAACACGGGCCUGGACCAGGAGGACAUGCGCCUGCUGAAGGUCACGUACGAGAAGCUGCUGCAGGACGACCACAACACGGACUGGCUCAACGACACGCACUGGGUCCCUCACACUAUCACCAACAUCCCGAACCCGCGGCGUAAGAAGAAGGCGCCAGGCGGGCAGCUGAGGCAGCACGUCACAGGGUCCGCCCGUAGCGAGGGUUACUACGCCAUCAGCCGUAAAGAGAAGGACGUGUAUCUGGACCUGGACCUCCCGGAGGCCAUGCAGGAAGCCGCGGACUACGACGUGUCGGGUUCGAACCGUGUGCUUUCAGAGAGGCGCUCCGAGCAGCGGCGUCUCCUCAGCGCCAUCGGCACGCCUGCCGUCAUGGACUCGGACCUGCUGAAACUCAACCAGCUCAAGUUCCGCAAGAAAAAACUGCGCUUUGGUCGCAGUCGCAUCCACGAGUGGGGUCUGUUCGCCAUGGAGCCCAUCGCCGCAGACGAGAUGGUCAUCGAGUACGUGGGUCAGAAGAUCAGACAGAUGGUGGCUGAUAAUCGGGAGAAGCGCUACGCACAGGAGGGCAUCGGGAGCAGUUACCUGUUCCGGGUCGAUCACGACACCAUCAUCGACGCCACCAAAUGUGGAAACCUGGCUCGCUUCAUCAACCACUGCUGCACUCCGAACUGCUACGCGAAGGUGAUCACCAUCGAGUCCCAGAAGAAGAUCGUCAUUUACUCCAAACAGGCCAUCGCCGUUAACGAGGAAAUCACGUACGACUACAAGUUCCCCAUUGAGGAGAACAAAAUCCCCUGCCUGUGCGGAACGGAGAACUGCAGAGGAACGCUCAACUAAAGUCCCGCCCCUUUCCCGUCACGCAGGCACCACAGCAUUAUGGGUAACGUGUCUCAAGAGGAAGUCCCGCAACUCGGAUACAUUUCUGCUUUAUACAGUUAACAAACAGGACACGCCCACAGUGCGUCUCCAUAGUAACGCCGUUUUUGAAGGUUUUUUUCUUUCCCCUCCCGCGGAGUAAGACGCAGAGCUCUGAUUGGUGGAAUCCGAUCAUAUUUAAACCCUUUUUUUUUCUAUUUUUUUUUUUUAAAGAAUCUGUUUUUGAAGUAUUUUUUUCCCCCUCAAUGCUCGCGAUCCUCCUUGCACAUUACCUGAGCAAAAAUAAUGGCACCUUUAACAGGUUAAGAACAACAUGGCGCUUCUUUACUUCCUGUCUCAGGUUGUUCCUUCAGCCUAAAGAUAAAUGAGUUCAGAACGACUCUCCGUUGUUAUUAUUAUUAUUAUUAUUAUUACAUGUUCAGCUGCUUGUUUAGUUCCUGUUUUAAUUCCAUAUAUUAUAAAUUCAUCAGUUGCACUGUGUUAAACAACAGAGAUUAAUUUAUAGACGUAUAAAUAUUUGUCGCUUUUCUUAACACUGAUUAACCCCCGGAGUGAUCGCUAAUGUUAGCUAGCGAAUCAUAUUGAACCUCAUAUCAAAGCUAGCUGUUCGCUUUUAUCUUGAUGUGUUGUGGCUUUAGAUUUAGCUCAUAAUCCAUUAAUCAUCAUCGAACCAAGAGAAGAAACAUCUGUUCUUUAUACUAAACUCUUACUUAGUAAAGUUUUAAUCGUUAAAACUUAAUUUUCCGUUGGCUGCGUGAAGGUGAUGUGUCAAUAUUUUUGGCAGUUGAAUGAAGCUGCACUUAUUAUUCAUAUGGCUUUGUUGCAAAAAGCAAAAAAAACAAUUUUAUUAGUGUUCUGAGCUCAGAAUUUAAUAAAUAAUAAUAAUAAUAAUAAUAAUAAUGGAGGUUUUUCUGGAUCGUUCUGUUUUCAGCCUCGUGUGUUUAAUCAUCAUUUCAGACCCUUUUUUUUUUUUUUGGUUGUUUUUUUUGAACCUGCAGGUUUAAACUCUCACGACUCCGCACUCAGAGAAUUUUUCGAAUCGAGACCAUGUACCGUGUGUGUGUAUAAUAUAUAUAUAUAUAUAUAUAUAUAUAUAUAUAAAAAUAUCAGUACAGACUCGCACAGAAAAAAAGAAACAAAAAAAAAGGUCAAAAAUGAAAGUGUGUAAAUAUUGUAGAGGUGUUUGUUUCUCGUAGAAACGCACUGGUUCCGCUCUGUAAAUAUGUUCUUCCUUUUCCUACUUUUCCCUCAUCGCCGGAAAAAAAAGAAAUUGUACAUACCGAUCAUUCACUUAUUUGUUUUAUUAUAAUUUUUUUUUAUUUGAUGUAUUUUAAUAUUAUUUGCAAUAUUUUUCUUGUAUUAAUGCGUUGAAUCCUUUAUUAAUGGUGCAUUAAAAUAUUUUUUAGAAAAA